AUGCCUCCUGAUUUGGUCCGAGCUGCCUCGCAGUCCUCCAGUGCGGCCUCUCAGACAACACAAAUAAUACCACCGCAUAGUCGUCCAGGAACUGCCGAGCUCAUGCGCUCUCGGUCAGAGACGGUGGUAUCGAGGAAUGGUCGACGGCCGAGAUCGAGGGGAUCGACCGCCAGUAUUCAUUCCAACACUACCCAACAGACACAAGACCAGCAGAUCUCCGAUGGUUUCCCCCAGUUCAUACCGGCGCAGCCCGCGACAGGCCACAAUGUCUUCGGAGGAAAUCCUGAGGACAUCAUAAUGCGCUUCGGCAAUCAACUCUCUCAUACCGUCAACGGCUCUCCGUUGGAGGCAACGCUGCAUGAAGCCCAUCAUACUGUCAUGCCGAGGGCAGAAGACUUCCCUAACCACGCCAUGCACGGCCAUCACUUGUCCCACCAUUCUAUGCCCUCCGGAAUUACGCAUAGCCUUCCUGGUGUACCAAUGCCGCAGUACCAAGGGAUGUAUGACAGUGGCAUUGAAAAUCACGUCCCAGAGGCCGUCAUGGAAGACAACGAGCAGUCGGAAGCCGGCGCGAAAAAGAAAAAGGGAUCUAGCUCCUCUCUCGCCAAUGACAACGAACUGCGGAAGCUCCUGCGACAAUAUGAAGGAUACUCGCUCAAACAGAUGGCUGCGGAGGUUCUCAAGCAUGAGGGCGCUGGCGGCAAGGCGGAGAAGGUGAAACAGGUCUUUGCCAUGAUCUGGUUGAAGGAAAACUGCAGGAAGAGCAGCGGCUCCGUCCGGCGCGAUCGUGUGUACUGUUGCUACGCAGAGAAAUGCGGAACCGAGCGUGUGUCGGUGUUGAAUCCCGCUUCGUUCGGCAAACUUGUGCGCAUCAUAUUCCCCAAUGUUCAGACGCGGCGACUCGGUGUUCGUGGAGAAUCCAAGUACCAUUAUGUGGACUUGACCGUGAUCGAGGAAAAACAACAGAAGCCCCCACCAUUGAACCCCCAAUUACCCAGCAACCCAAGCGGUCCGUCCGGUAUGCUGGACGGCAAGGGAGGGGAUGUGUUGCCGAAAAGCGUCAAUACUAUGCCACAACCACCCGCUGAUACUGCCGUGUUCCCUUCGCCCACCGCUUCGUUCACCCCCCGGUUUCUGGCCAGCCCGUCAGGUUUGUCAUGUGGCUGUCAACCGUCGUCUCGGUCUAAUAAUGACUGCAUCACCGUCGACAAUGUGGGAAGCCAUGCCGGCAAGAUGAUCCAUCAAAUGCUCCAGUUUCCGUCAUCCGACAGUGCAUCAAUCGAUAAUGAAUCGCUUCAGCUCCCGGACAUCAGUGGCUAUCUUCCGGCCAAUACAGACUCGAAGGUCGCUGCCGCUCUGGCAGCCCUCUAUCGAUCACACUGUAUCUCUGUGAUAGACAGCUUUCGAUAUUGCAAAGAGAAGAAUCUUCUACGCUACUUCUCUGCCUUUCACGGGACAUUGACGGUCCCCGUGCAGAAGCUGCUCACCCAUCCUAACCUUGCCCCAUGGAUCAAGGAAUGUGACUGGCUCAUGUACCAGAAAAUGAUUGCAUUCGUCGCUCCGCUCACGACUCAGGUUGUCCCUAAGCUUGUGCUCGAUGCCUUUAGCUCGAUUUCCCAGCGCCUUACCGCCCACAUCGCGGAAACGUUCAAAGCCCAGCCGGUGCAUGUUUCCUUGGCGCGGUUAAUACCAGCGCAUAUCUUCUGCAACCUGCUCAAACACAUGCUCGACGUGAACCAAUCGGCAAAUGCUGCAGCCGCUUGGCUGUGCCAUCCGGACAACCGGAAUCAGAUGUGGUUUGACUUUAAGACCCUGGUUGACCCGCAGGAGAUGAUGACCCGUGCCAACAUCCCCAAUUGUGCGGAAAAAGCGACCGAACAGAUAUUAAAGCAUGACAUUCGCGCGCUGCUGACUCCCAUUACCGACGGGAACCCAGCGGCGCACCCUUUCUUCACCAAACCGGACUCCGAGGAAGACGUGCAAGCGCACAAAUAUCCGGUGGAGACAUCAACUGGCGAGGAUUAUAACUUCCCGGACAAGUGGGUGUCAUUUAUUCUAAACCUGCCGUCUGCCUUCCCCAACCACCGCACCCAGUGUAUCAUUGAGCGAGUGGAUGCCCUGUGGGACUGCAUCCUUCGCCGAUUGACUCUGGGCGGUGCACAAAGCUUCAGCGCAUGGUGGAUGACCAAAGUAUUCUUCCAUGAAAUGAUGUUAUGGCAAGCGGCGAAGGGGGGAUUUAUGUUUCACACCCCCAGCACCUUGCGCAAUGCUAUUGCCGAGUUCAGUCAGUCAAGCCAAGGCGCCUUUCUGAUGAAACAGCCUAGUGGUCCCGAUGCCGUUCGGGACCCGUCAUUCAUGACACCGGAGACCCAACAAGCCGGGGGACCCAGGCCCGACUCUGCUGCGCGGGCCAGCUCGGCCGAAGACCUGUCCCAGACCCAGCCGCCGAUGCAAAACAGCUCGCAUGCGGUCGAGAACGACAAGGCUACUGGAGUUGCUGAGAGCAUGGCCCAUCUCAGCGCCCCGAAUAACGAUGACAGUGCGAUUGAUCUGGAUGACGACUCGAUGUUGAUGACGGUGGGCAAAUACGGGGACAUGAUGGCCUCGGAUCCUGCCGAUGCCGAAGGCGAUGUUGUGGUCAUCUAA